AUGACUUAUGUUGCUCGGCCGGCAAUUCCAGUCGGCGGCAAGGGAGAUGGGUUUGUGAGAGAGGCUGUGACUUGCAUGAUAACGGAUGAUUUGGAAGUGAAGCCUAUGUCUGCCGUUUCAAGUAUCGGUCUGCUUAAAAACUUCGAUGUUAGGGAUGUUCGUUCACUAAAAGAGAUUGUGGUUUCUCUCGAUAAGGAUAAGGGUUUGAAAUUGUUGAAAGGCAUCAUUGCAGUCAAAUGCAGUUCUGACGAAUGUGUUCCUUUAAGAGCAUCUCCGAGGGAGAUGUCAAAUACUAAACAUCAAAUUUAA